AUGAAUGGUACAAAAGCUUUGACUGAGGCUAGUAGAUAUCGGUCGAUAACACCAAAAACUCGCAUGAUAGCGCUUCCCGCCCCCUUCCUCUCCUAUUUACGUGCAGAUGGCAUCGUCCUCCCUCCAGAGCCUUCUCGACGCCGGCGAAUACCAGAGCCUCUGACUCCACCUCCUACAGAUGACGACUCAGAUAAUGAUAGCUGGGACGAUGACAGCCCUGAUCCGUCAGAACCGUGGGCCAGUACACAUACAGCAAUUCAGGAUCUCAUCAAAGGACUGGGGGGCUCGGUAAUGCCGAAAUUGAAUUGGUCGGCUCCAAAGGAUGCCGUGUGGAUCUCUGCUACGAAUUCGAUGGAGUGCCUUACCGCUAAUGACAUCUACAUUUUACUCAAAAGCAGCGACUUUGUGACUCAUGACCUGGAGCAGGUGUGGGAUGGCUGUGAAGACGAUCUCUCCUCGGAUGAAAAUGAUUAUACGUCAACGCAAAAGGAAGAACCAAUAGCUCCUUAUUGCUUGGUCUUGCGUAAAACCGUACCUGCCUUCAACCCAGCCCUCGAAUUUCGCGUCUUCGUCCGCUCUCGAACUAUACUAUGUAUGUGCCAGCGCGAGUUGAAUCAUUUUGAUUUCCUGAAAGCCUUAGUGUCAAAGCUACGGGGAUUGAUCCAAUCGUUCUAUUUGAACAACUUGCAACGUACUUUCCCAGACCAAGACUUUGUGUUCGACGUCUAUGUCCCGCCACCGUAUGAUCGUGUUUGGCUGAUUGAUAUCAACCCGUGGGCCAUAAGAACCGAUACACUGCUCUUCUCUUGGCUUGAGAUCCUGACUUGGCCGUCACCUGAGAGAAUGAGUGCCUUCUCCGUGCAGGAUGCUGUGAAUAGCGACAGUCAAACAGACGAAGAGGAGGAUGAAGAGUUCGGAGAGGAGGAGAAUCUCUACACGCCGGAGUUCAGGCUGGUCAACAAAGACGAUCCUGAAGCGUAUGCGUUCAAUACGUCAAAGUAUAGCGCACACAAGCUACCGAAAGAUGUAGUUGACGCAAGCAACAAUGGACCAGGUGGUUUGCAGGAUUUCUUGGGCGUUUGGAGGGAGAUAAACAAGCGGCAAGAAGCUGAGGAUGAUGCUGGCGAAGUUGACGAUAAUGUUCAAGCCAGCUGA